AUGCAUAUUUUGGUGACUGGAGCAGCUGGUUUUAUCGGAAGUCAUACAGUUUUGGAGUUGAUCGAGGCCAACAAAGGUUACACGGUGUUUUGUGUGGAUAAUUGUUCAAAUGCCGUAGCAGGUGAGUCUUUUUAUAAACUAAAUAUUUUUAAAUCGAAAAAUCUAUUUUCUUACAGAUUCCAAUGGUAAUGCUAUUUGUCUAAAUCGAGUGAGCCAAAUAGUCAAUAAACCGAUUCCUUUCAAAAAUCUCGAUUUAUGCGAUGGAUCAGCACUCGAACCUAUUUUCAAGGAGGUUGGUCACUCUUCCUAUCCUUCCCCAUAACAAAAACAUUUUCAGCAAAAAUUCGAUGCAGUGAUUCAUUUAUCGGCUUUGAAAUCCGUGGCCGAAUCAAUUGCAGAGCCUCUCGAAUAUUAUUCGAAUAAUAUUUUGGGAUGCUUGAAUUUAGUCAAAAUGUGUCUCAAAUACAAUGUGACUAAUUUCGUAUUCUCAUCGAGUGCAACAGUUUAUGGACCACCGGAAGAGCUUCCGAUUACUGAAAAGAGUCAGACUGGAAAGGGAAUAACAAAUCCAUAUGGUCAAACUAAAUAUAUGAGUGAACAGAUUAUGAUGGAUGUUGCGAAAGCAAAUCCCAAUUGGAACUUGAUUAUUCUCCGAUAUUUCAACCCGGUUGGAGCUCAUAAAUCAGGAUUAAUUGGAGAAGAUCCAAAAGGAACUCCAAAUAAUUUGAUGCCUUAUGUUAGCCAAGUAGCUGUGGGUAAAUUAGAAGUUCUCACUAUUCAUGGAGACACUUUUGAUACGAUAGAUGGAACUGGAGUCAGAGAUUUUAUACAUGUUGUGGAUCUAGCAAAGGGGCAUGUUCAGGCAUUAGAGAGAUUCAAAAACCCUAUUGAAACGGAAAUUUACAACUUGGGUACUGGUGUUGGAUAUUCGGUGAAACAAAUGGUUGAGGCUUUUGAGAAAGUGACCGGCCGGAAAAUUCCUACAAAAAUCGGAGAAGCGAGAAAAGGUGAUGUUGCCUCGGUGUUUUGUGAUCCGAAAUUAGCCGAAGAACAACUUGGAUGGAAGGCUGAACUUGGGUUAGAAGAUAUGUGCAGAGAUUUGUGGAAUUGGCAAACUAAAAAUCCAAAGGGAUUUAUGUAA